AGUUUUGCUUUGGAAGCUUUCAAGCUUUAUAAGUGUUCCAACGUAAAAUUAAUAAAUUCUUUUUUAAUUUAAUAUUCUGUGUCCUGAAACGAUCGAAACCAUGUCUGAACAACAAGUCCCAACAACAAAUGAGUGGAGCGAGCUCGAANUCGCAGCAGCAGAGGGGUUGAUGAUGCUGAGCCGAAGCUGGCGGGUAUCUGCGUCAGUGCCGCAAGACCAGGAGCCGCAGCCAGAACCCGAGCCAGAAGCCUCUCAAGCUGAUGACCAGCCCACAGCCUUCGUCAGCGGGCCAUCGGACUCAGAGAACAAUAGCCCCACCGAAGCUGAAGAGGUCCCAGAGAAUUACGCGCAAGAGGAACUGAGCCGCUCCUAUUCACCACAAGAAACUCAAGCUUCAGCCUCGGCAGCUGGAACAAACGAUUCUACAAGCAACGCGGAGGACAUGACAGCGAAACUGUCAGAUAUGGUCAGAAAGGCAAUACAUGAUUGGAGGGCAACGACUGCCGGCGCCGACAGGGUUCCAACGUAUACCCUCUCUUGGGUGAUUCACAAAGCUGCUCUUGGCUACACCCAGAACGAGCCUAUGCCUGGGCCCAGUGGGAUUAACAUGCCUGGGCCCAGUGGGACUAGCAUGCCUGGGCCCAGUGGGAAUAACAUGCCUGGGCCCAGUGGGAAUAACAUGCCUGGGCCCAGUGGGACUAACAUGCCCGGACCCAGUGGGACUAACAUGCCUGGGCCCAGUAGGAUUAACACGCGCGCAAGGAGUCGCAGGUCUGCUCUUGCAGAGAUUUCUUCAACCGGGAGUAACAAGGAAAAUAUAAUACCAAAGGCAGAGGAGUUCAGUUCGUCAGACACGUCGUCUGACGACGAAUCAGAGCCUGAUGGUGAAAUGAUUCCCAUUGGAGACGGCUACGCUCGAGUCCCAGCGUACGUUCUCAAAAUGAUUAACUGGGGUAAAUUCAAAAUUGCCACCCGUCACUUGUUAGUUGCGGUCUUCGGCAGAGAGACGUUGGCUACCCACAAUUUAACUGGGAAGCCGUCUCCAGCUUUUCCCAAUAGAGCCCCACGUGGAAAACUGAACCCGAAUUUAGUUAAUGACAUUAUACAAACCGUCGUGCAGCGGUGCGGCGUGUCAGCAAGUCUAGUCCGUGCCAGCAUCACAUCAAAGUGCGCCGAUGAAGGCAAGCUGGCGGGACAUCCAAAAUGACGACCGCUGCAAUGACCUGCUCCCCUAGAUAAGUGACAUAACGUGACAGUUGCAAUUCCGAAAACGCUUCGCUGCGGCGUUUUGUACUUCGCUCCGUGAAGCGAUUUCGAAAUUAACUGUCACGUUUUGUAACUUGUCUAGGGGGGGCUGGCCGGCAACCCGGCUAUAAGAAAGGGCACUUUAGUUGUAA